AUGUUAAAAUGCAGCUUACUUUUGUUUGGUUUUGGACUAAUAUUUAUUGGAAAGCCAGUUCGUACAGCAGGUGCAUCCCCUCAUCAGACAUCUAGACUUACAACAUUUGAAAUAAUUACCCCUCGAAGUUUGACAGGCAGGGAGAGACGCCACACAUAUUUACAUGAGGACCAUUCAGAUGAUAAUCGCUCUUAUUCGAUUCAAACUGCAAAUGGAACAUACAUCCUAAAGCUAAAGAAAAAUAAAAAGCUUGUUAGUGAAGAUUUUGUACUAUAUACAUACAGCAAAAAUGGGAAAUUGGAGGCUACCCAUUCAAAAACCAAGACACACUGUUAUUAUCGUGGAGUUGUUGAAGGAGUUGCUGAUUCUAUGCUUGCUCUUAGUACAUGUGAUGGCCUUAGGGGAAUCCUUCACAUUGGUGGCAAACGGUAUGGAAUGGAGCCAGUUGACACAUCAGCUACAUUUGAGCACCUAUUUUAUCCAUUAGAACAUGUUCAGCAAGAUCCUUUUCUGUGUGGUGUGCUGAAUGAUAACCUGCACCAGGAGAAGAGUGUGAAGAAUUUUCUCAGAUAUACAAAUGUUUCACACAGUACUUUCAGCAGGGAAAAGCUUUUUAGGAAAAAACGAGCUGUGCUGCCACAGACAAGCUAUGUGGAGCUAUUUAUGGUUGUUGAUAACAACAGGUAUUUGCAGAAGAAUUCUGAUCCUGUAGCUGUGCAAAAGGAAACCAUUGAGCUGACUAAUUAUGUUGAUGGGAUGUAUGGUGCAUUGAACAUCCAGAUUGUUUUGAUUGGGCUAGAAAUCUGGUCAGAUAAAAAUCACAUAAAUGUAAUGGAUGGUUCAGCUGGCGAUGUACUAAGUAGAUUUGUUUCUUGGAGAGAAAAAAAUCUUCUUAAGCGAUCAAGAAAUGAUGUUAGCCACCUCAUAAUAGGGAGAAGUGCCUAUAGUGGGGCAGUUGGAAUGGCUUUUGUUAGUACAGUCUGUUCUCAAGUCCAUGGAGGGUCCAUCAGCACUCUUAAUGGUAACAAUGUGCUACGUCAUGCCACAGUAGUUGCACAUGAGCUGGGGCAUAAUCUUGGUAUGAAACAUGAUGAUGGAAGGUGCUCCACAUCCUACAUUAUGUACAGUACGGAUAAUGCAUCCAAGAAUUUCAGCACUUGUAGUGCCAAUGAUUUUGAGAAUCUCAUUUUGAAUGGUGGAGGAAACUGUCUUAAAAAUGCUCCAAAACCAAGUGAUAUUUUCACAGAACCUGUCUGUGGCAAUAAUGUGGUGGAUAAGAAUGAAGAAUGCGAUUGUGGCAAACCCCAGGAGUGUACUAAUCCUUGCUGUGAUGCUGCAACCUGCAAACUUAAGUCUGGAUCACAGUGUGCUAUGGGGCUGUGCUGUGAAAAUUGCAAGUUUAAAGUGGCAGGAGUGGAAUGUAGACCAAAAAUGAAUUUCUGUGAUCUACCUGAAUACUGCAAUGGGACAUACCCAUACUGCCCAGAUGAUGUAUAUAUCAUGAAUGGCUACCCAUGUAACAACAUGAAAGAAUAUUGCUAUAGUGGGGUUUGCCAGAAUUUUGAUUCACAGUGUGAAUCCAUCUACGGAAAAGGAGCAAGAAAAGCACCUGAUACUUGUUUCGAAGUAGCCAACAUGAAGGGAGAUAGAUUUGGAAACUGUGGAAUGUCAGGUGGAAUGUACAAUAAAUGUCCCACUGAACAUAGUCUGUGUGGCAAACUUCAGUGUACACCUGUCAGUCUUGAAAAUCUUCCGGCUUCUAGUGUUGUCAGCAAUCAAGGUGGUGUUUCAUGUGUGACUUCUGACUUUGACCUAGGGUCAGAUAUCCCUGAUCCUGCUCAAGUUCAAAAGGGAACUGCUUGUGGAAAAGGAAAGGCCUGUGUAGACUUUAAAUGUGUUAAUGCAAGUGAGCUUGGUUACAACUGCGAUGUAAUGCAGAAGUGUAAUGAUCGUGCUGUGUGUAACAACAACGAGAAUUGUCACUGCAAUCCUGGAUGGGCUCCUCCUUUCUGUGAUAAAUCGGGUUAUGGUGGCAGUAUUGACAGUGGUCCAACUCAUAUAGAUACAUCACUUAGAGAUGGCUUGCUUGUGUUUUUCCUGCUUGUGCUUCCAGUGUUGAUUGCAAUUGUGAUAGCAGUUAUCAAGAGAGAUGCAAUAAAGAGAAGGUUUUGCCGGAAAAGUAGAAGAAGAUACAGGGACAACAAUACACAGCAACCAAAGCAAAAUAAUGGGCCAAACCAGAAUAACGCUAUAAAUAAUCGGCCUGCAACAACAAAUUCUGGGAUUUUUACAAUAUCGCAUUUUCCUGCUCCAAGGCAGCCAAUACAAAAUCAGUUUCCUGCAGCUCCUUCAAGAUCUAAUCAACGACCACCUGUCCCACCUAGACCUGUUGUCUGA